AUGUGGGGUGCCGUUGCCGUCAUCGUUGUCGUUAUCGUGUUUGAGUUCAUCAGGUGGGCGAUCUACAAGCGCACCCACGGCAAGUCAUCGCAAUCCGACACGCUGAUCGGAUCGGUGCGCAACGUGCGUCUCGAGCCACAUGACGCCUUUGUCAGCGCGUUCUACGGACAGCCGCACACCGCCGGAUUCAUGUUCACCUGGGAUCCGCCGACCAAUGGAUCCGGCGCCGGGUACUCCAUGAGCUACAGCUACUCCAUCACGGAUCCUUCGGGCGACAAGACGCCCCAAGCCACCGUCGGCAGCAACGUGGCUUUCCUGCCGACGCCGCUCAAGGACGGCACCUACGCGAUCACCAUCGCGGCCAGCAAUCAGUUUGGCACGGGACCGUCGGCGACAUUCAACGGAACGCUCGACUUGAAGCCCCAACCCUUCCCCGCCAACGCCAUCCGGUACGUGCCACCCGGCGGCAGCGUCAGCCACCCGACCGCGGGCUACUACUUUGAGUGGGACGCGGUGCCCACCGGCGAGGACGCGACGGCUUCCGUGUCCUAUCCGGACGGAUCGGGUGUGUAUCUGGCUCCGGGCACUUGCGGCACCUUUUCCAACGUGGCCUCGACGUGCUCGCCAAACUCCGAUGGCAGUCAGACCUGCGUUAGCGACAUGCAGCCCGUCUAUGGAUCACCGAACCUAAGCAGCCUGCCGGCAUGCACCGCAAUCGGCAUGACCGACAAGUCCAUGCGCAACAUGCCGGUCAACCUCAAGGUCGAUGUGGUGCCUCAGAAUGCGCUCAUUGCGCAGGCCUCGAUGACCGUGGGCACCGUGUUCCCCGGCACGGCACCAGCUAGGGUGACAAACGGCAGAAUCGCCCAACAUCAAUGA